AUGAAGGUCUUCAUCUUCUGUCUGGCGUUAUGCGUGGCGCUCACCGCCGCUGGCGAGAACCUCGUUGUCUCGAAGGAUCAGAUGAACAGGGACGCAGAGCAAGACAACGCCCUACUGAAGUCGGGGAUCGUGGACAAGAUCGAGGAAGGAAUCGUCCUCAGGAGAGGCGGCACGUCCUUCAGGAGGAGGCCGAAGUUCCGCAUCAGCAGCCGCUACAACAUGCUGUUCCUCGGUCUGAGCUACGCCCCGAGUUAUUACCAGCCGUGGUUCCAGCAGUGCGGCAAACCGAUGGACAUGGCCUGCUGCGUUUCCAAUCCCAUUGUCACGCAGAACGCUUGCUGCAGCAUCUAUAACAGCGCUUCAGUCUCUGGUGGACUGUGCCUCUGCCGACGUCCAGCCUACUGCGUUGUGGCACCAGCAGCUGCAGUGACAACGGCGGCGGCGACCACGGCGGCUGUCACAACGGCGGCGGUGACGACUGCAGCUGUGACGACGGCGGCAGUAACGACGCCGGCAGUAACGACGGCGGCAGUAACGACGGCGGCAGUAACGACGGCGGCAGUCACAACGGCGGCGGUGACGACUGCAGCUGUGACGACGGCACCGGCAACGACAGCAGCAGCAACAACAGGAGGAGCAAAACGAUCAGCCAUGUGUCCAUCAACGUUCACACGACGUCUGAGGCUAAUCAACGGAAACAACAUCGACGAGUGUCAGGUGGGCGGGAUCGUUGCCAUUAGAGACAAGAACGCCAAGUUUAUUCUCUGUACUGGAAUCAUGUCCGACGCCUCCACCGUCGUCUUGCCAAACUACUGUCAGGACCUGGCCGGCAGAAACCCAGCCGAUGUAGAAGUCGUCCAUGGUUCCCAGACGUCAGCGGCCAGUUUUAUUACACAGAAUGGUGCUGGAGGCAGUGGGACGGUGACACUGACGGGCACGAUAGACACGGGGUGCCAGACGCCAUACGGAUGCUUCUACAACGCCAACAUGGACACCACGAAGAUCCUAUGGAACAAGUGUUCAGUCCUCGCCACAGGCUUUACCAUCGAUGGAGACAUCACCUCGGCUAAGACUUCCGGUGCCACUGUGACAAUUCUCGGGAAAGCCGUCUGCUCCGCGCUGGAGACGGCUGGAAUCAUAACUGCAGAUCAACAGAAGGUCAAGGACGCCUCAAAAGACUACAAUUGCUUCACUUCGUCUGCCACACCAUGUGUGGGUGACCAGGGAGGACCAGUGUUCUGCCAGACGACCACGGAGGAAGUCGUCAUCGUUGGAGCCAUCGAGUCGUUCCAGUGCGACAGCACCGAGAAGUACACCCUGUUUGUCGACUACACCAAGGGUUUGGCCAACACCAACCUCAGCCGGCGUUAAGCGACACACGUGGUUGUUUUAUUCUUUAAUUUAUGCGACGCCAGCCUAUUCCAGUCUCCAUCUUGAAUGUCUAUUACGGUGACGUCAACCAGGAACCAAUCCAGUGAAUUGAAGGCCAUUCCUUUGUCCGCCAUAAUGCGCACGUAUUACGAACGUUUUAUCGUGACGUCUAAGCAUGUUCUUGUUAAUUAUUUGAGUUAUUGAGUAAUUGAUGCAGUCGCUGUGAAUUAAAGUAGCAAUAUAUA